AUGGCACGCGUCAUCUUCACUGGUGCAGUCCAGCAGACAGCUGGAACAAAGAUGGCAUCCAAGACGCCUGGCGUGAGCACUACAACUGUCAUGCAAGCCUCAGCACAGAAAGAAAAGCAAAAGCAGCAAGCCCAGGCCAUAACACAAAACCAGAGCCUGGCCUUAGUCCAGAUCAUGCUUCAUGCCUCUUUGUCGACCAUUUGGAAGACGGAAAACGAGUCGACGUCGCUGAAUGAAGGGGAAGAAAAUUGCUUCGAUGAACGUGAUCUCAUGAAGCUCUCGAAACCGGAUUCAUUCAUGUCAUACGCCAACUUUAUCGAAGGAGGAAGCGCAGGAGAUAAGCUGGGCACCAAUGGGGCAGGUUACACUUCUAAUCAUAACAACAGGGGAAAUAUCCAGGAGAGGCGCGCACAACCGUUGAAGAUUAUCGUGCGCGGCAAGAAUCCGAAGGCGGAUAAGUUGCUUGAUCUUCUUGAACACGGGAUAUUCGACGCCAUUGAGAAGAGCUUCCUGGAAGCGGUGCAGAUGACCGUUUUCGUGGACAAAACGGAAUCUUCGCACGUGCUGGAAAGCUAUACAUUCACUUUCAAGUAUACCGGUGGAUGUAAACAAAAGGGGGCUGGCGAUAAUAUCGGCAAGAGGUUAUCUAGUGUCGUCCUCGAAUCGACCGGUUGUACAGCGGAUAUGAAAACGGUCAGGACGGCACGGCGUGGCUUGGAGAUGAUCGUUCGCCGUCUGAUUACGCUGAGCGAACGGUACAUGGAGAUACAUCUCUUUUACACUGAGGGUUCCCCUCCGGAAUACGAACCCCCUGGAUUCAAGACUGCUGAGCAUAACGACCUGUUAUUCGCGCAGAAUGAGCUGUGGUCGAGGGAAACGCAGUCGUGUGGUGCAAUGGAGACGGGGAUCCACAGUGUUGGGCUAAAGAUUAGUUCUUUGAAAUGGUCUGGGACGGACUACCCGAGCUCGGAAUAUGUGCCUGAAAUCCCAGCAGACAUUGGGUAUAGCGAUAGGGUUCGCCGUGAUGAAGAUGUCGGUAUCAGUGACGUGGAUACCGCCGUUCGGGAUCUUGGAUUGUCGACUCAAGAAAGUAGCCAGGUUUCUACUCAGACCCGCCAAGAUGAAGCUCUUAAAAGAGAUUUGCAGAAGAUGAUUCCGCUCCAAUGCGCCUUUUGCAAAACUCGGCAGCAUCCGUCCUGUUACGGGUUCGCCCAUGCGCAGGAUCCAGCCAUUGCAGAAACUCAGGCAUGUUACAAAUGUCUGCUGGAACCGCAAGAAAGAGACCUGGUGCAGGAUAUGCGGACGCUGGUUUUGCUGCGUCGGGCUCUUUUGGUCAUUAUCGAAGAGGGCUAUCCGAAUCGAGUUCGCGAUUUUGCUCAGAAGUUGAAUUGCAACGGCCAGACAAUUGUCCAGAUUACGGACAUGUUGAGGAAGCAGGGUUUUCUGCUCGCAACCCCCGGCUCCAAGUCAAAGGGGUUCUUGGAAAAGGGGCUUCCGAAGUUCACCCUGUCCACUGAACCGGCGAUCAAGGAGAGGCUUCGGAAUGAGAUCUUCAAUCCUCUCGCGAAAAUAUCACAUCAUUACAACCUAUCGGAUAAUAACGCAGUCCAGCGCUAUGGCAGUGUCGAGCACUCAUCGUCGGAUGUUUCAACAGAUGUUCUGUCAGUCGAAGAGGUGCCCCGUGACAGCCCUGGUUACGAACAGCGUUGCCGCGAACGCAGGAAUGGUGGAAUAGCCGGUGCAGUCGGCGCAAUGCCUACCCCCGAAGUGAAUGAGAUCCGAAGUGCAUGGAAGACACUCGGGUCGAGCCUGGAUUUUGCAAAUCCGGUACAGCCUAAGGGCAAUUCUCAGUCCCCGACCCAGGCGCAGAUGCAAGCGCAGAUGCAGGCUCAGAAGCAGAAGCAAAAGCGCAGUAUCAUGGGCACUGAAUUGGGCUCUGGGAUUGCCUGUGGUGCCGAUGGGGAGGAUCAGGCGCGCCAAGGUUUCAACGGUAUACAGACGCAGACCCGUCCAGCUGAGUGGGUGCGGGAUGGGAAUGACUUUGGCAGUGAUUACGGCAACGGCGAGGGAAUGGUCGUGAGCGGCUCGGAGGAGGAGAACGGUAAUAACCGUCGCAAGAGAGUGAGGUUGAGUAAGCUGGGGAGUCCGAUUAGUAUCUUUGAGCCUAGUAGCGAGAGUGGAGUGGGAAGUGGGAGCGAAGGUGAAGAUGGUAGUAUGUGUGAAAGUGCAAGUGUGUGA